UUUUUGGAGCUCUCCCGGGGCGUUCUGACCACUGAACAUAUCGUUCUGGGGAUUCCCCCCCCCCCCAGUUCCAUUAUUCCGUUAUAUCUACUGGUCGAUUUGUACUAUACCGUCCACAUUAUCACAGAACUCAAUUGACGAAUGCCUUGAUUCGGAAUACAUUGUAGUUUUAAAAACUGUUUUUAGAAAUGCCUGUAAUGUAAUGUAAUGUAGAAAGCAGAUCUGUCCCAACAGGCAUUCAUAAAAGUUACUGAUCUCUACAAGACUGGUGCACUCUUACCAAAACAUGCUGUCAUCACAACUUUUUUUAGCAUCAUAAUCAAUAAAAUAAGCGAUCAUUUUCCCAUCUCAUUUGAUUAAAAUACAGCAUAAUUCCUGUUUAGGUUUUCAAAACAUCACUUAAAUUACCUUUGCGCAAUUACGCGUGCUUUUCCUAGGUUCGUCAUAUUGUGUAUAUUUGGCAAAUGGAAAGGAGAAUAUUGAAACCAGCAUUUGUCUUAUUGUAAGAGGUUAAUUGACCGAACUUUAGAAAUACCACUCAUCAGUUAACUGCAAUUGUCUCCGCCCACUUUGGAUUUCACACACCCAAACAGCACCUCCUACACAGACGCUGAAUAUAUGCAAACGCGGAUUGGGUGCGGUGGUCAUUAUGUUGGGGGACCUGUGCAGAGAAGAGUAGGCUAUUUUAACCCAAUAGAGAAGGGGAACCGGACGGAAAAGCCUAUUAGUGACAGGUUCAAAAGAGUGCCAAUAAUAAAAUUCCAAUAGUGUUAAACAAAAUUGUUUGGAUGUUUGAAAAUUUAAGGAAUCUUCAAUAAUUUGGUCGUUCAGGUACGUAGCCUAUGCAGUGGAAGGGAGGUAGUCUAUUUAGUGAAACAGUUGAAUAUUUCAAAAUUUUCGCGGUUAUUGUUCAUGAAUUAACAUAUAACUGAUAUUUUUGUGCACAGAUGUAAGGCGUGUGAACUUUGUAACUGGCACAAAACGUUGUCGAACGAGAAUAAUCUUGUCAUUGCCUUUUAACAAUUUAGAGGGUUAAUGAUAGUUACGAACACUUCCUGAGAUUGCAUCCCGUUUGUAACAUUACUAGGUGCCUGUUACAUUGUAGGCAGGCACUAUCUUAAAAUGUGUGCCGAUGAAUGCAUCUAAUUCGUUUUGUCACUUAAGAGCCAGCAAAUGCCAUGCAUUUCUCGCCUACCAAAACAAACCUCAUGGUUUUCACAAAAAAAAAAAAAAAACUUCUCGGCGUGUCGUCGUUAUCUCAUGGUCAUUGCCUGGAAACAAGGUUAAACAUUUUUUUUAAACCCAGUAGGUCUUCUUCGUUCCUACUGCACACAAGCUACUUCUGUGAAAAAUGCUGUUGUGGGGUAUAGGCUACAUGGAGAUUAUUACUAUGGUACACCAUAAAAGGUUAUUCUUUGCAUAACAGCGCUUGCCAUAAUAUAAAACCACCAGCUUAAAAUAAUUUAUUAACAUAAUUUCGAUAUUUGUGAGAAUAACGGCUAAAAUGGCUAUAGCCCAGUUAGUCUAAUAAGGAUUUCAUACAGAGCAAUACAAGUACAUAGACAAUAAAGCAAAAAUGAAGCUUAACAUUAUUUUAAAAAAUGGCUUAUAAACGUCAAUGUGUAUAUGUGAUAAUUCAUAUACAAUGAAUGAAAUUCUAUCAUAGUACCAAGUUCUUGAAGUUGUUGGCAUUCUUUAAUUGCAACUCCUAGGAUAAAUUGCAACUUCCUCUCUAGUCGACUCUUAUCACCAUUGUACAAACUUUUCUGCCCAACAGAAAUCUGCAAAAUAGCAGGAACACGUGACACCAGGAUGUCUGUGGCAAUUUGAAGCGCUUUGGUACUCAACGCACUGUACAGUUUGGUGUCCGAAACGACUGCUAAUAUCUCUCCUGUCGGAACCGAAUGACCUUCAAAUCCUGAACCUGGCAUUUUAAUCAUGACUGUCACUUACACUGGAAGAGUGGCGAACGCUCGUUUUUGUGGGUUCUCUAAGUUGCUUUUGGCGUGGAAGGGAAGUAUUUACAAGGUAUUGUACAAGGAGUUCCUCGCGUUUUUCGCUAUGUACACCGCUAUCAGCAUCACAUACAGAUUCUUUCUCCUGGAUGAUCAUAAGAGGUACUUUGAAAAACUGGCCAUAUACUGUAAUCACUAUGCAAGCCUCAUCCCCAUGUCCUUCGUGUUAGGUUUUUAUGUGACGCUAGUGGUAAACCGCUGGUGGAGUCAGUACACCUGCAUCCCGUUGCCCGACCGACUCAUGUGCGUGCUCUCGGGUGGCUUGCAGGGCGGCGACGAGCGCGGCCGGCUGCUACGGCGCACCCUGAUGCGCUACGCUAGCCUGUCGGCACUGCUGAUCUUGCGCUCGGUCAGCACUGCCGUCUUCAAGCGCUUCCCCACCAUUGAUCACGUCGUGGAAGCCGGGUUUAUGACGAGGGAGGAGCGAAAGAAGUUCGAGAACCUGCAGUCGCCAUACAAUAAGUACUGGAUGCCGUGCGUGUGGUUCACAAACCUAGCGGCCGUGGCUCGCUGCGAAGGCAGGAUCAAGGAUGACAACACUCUCAAACUGCUGCUGGAGGAACUCAACGCAUUCAGAGGGAACUGCAGCAUGCUCUUCCAUUAUGACAUGAUCAGCGUGCCUCUGGUCUACACUCAGGUAGCAGAACAGCUAGUUAACCCCUUUGGUGAGGAUGAUGAUGAUUUUGAGACUAACUGGUUAAUUGACAGGAACUUCCAGGUGUCCAUGAUGGCUGUGGAUGAGAUGUAUGGUGACCUCCCGGUUCUGGAACGGGACCGUUACUGGAACGACUCGAACCCUCGUCCACCCUACACUGCUGCCACUCUUUUUGUCCUCCGAAAACCCUCCUUCCAGGGUUCCACUUUUGACAUGGCCGUUCCAAAAGAGGAGAUGCACUUCCAGCCCCUGGAGGACAUAGCAGAGAACCUGGAGGAGUCUGGGAGAAGGCACCCUAACCACGCCCUGCUCAGCCGCCUCCUGAACGUCGCCCCUUCCCCGACCGGCCUGGUGGGCGGAGCCAUCCGCCGGACCUCCGCCCAGCUCCAGAGACUGACGCGCUCCCCGAGCCCGGGCCCCGGCUCCUCGGUCUCCACGGACGACAGCGACGGAGACGACGACGGCGGCGGCAGCUCGAUGCGCUCCGCCCUGUGCCAGGACACCCAGAGCACCAUCUGCAGCUGCGGGGAGUUCGCCGGCCCCCGCCCGGCCCCACGGCCGGCGGGCGAGGGAGAGAGGGAGGGCGAGACGGAGAAGGACGACGUGAACCGCUGGCAGAGCAGGACGGAGAAAGAAAAGAGGGAUGAGAAGGAGGAGUACGAAAACAAGAAAGAGGCCUUCAAAGUGAAGUCCCCGGCUACUCCACCACCUCCCUUUCUCCCUCCCCCGCUAAAACCCCAGGACUCAACGGCGUACACUGCAGCACAGGCCCCAGGGCUCUUCCGCCACCCUCCCCAGAGACGGGCCUCCAACCAGUUCACAGCCAUCCCCUCCAGGUCCCCCGUGCUCAGGAUCAAGGACUACCCGACUUCCCCACGUGCCACGAGCAGCAGCUCAAUCCAGGACUUCUUCUCCUUCAAGCCAAUCGGCGAUCAGUCCAGGGCCACGCCCACUCCCACAAAGCCGGCCAAUGAAAGUGGGUCGAGACAGUCUCUGCUCACCGUCCCAACAUUUUCCAGUGCAGGUUCUCAAGAAAGAGCAUCUCCUCCAAUAACAACAACCUGCUCAACCCCAGCCAAUCACUGUCAGCAUUCGCAAAACGUUAGCGUGGGGUCAGAGGUGCAACAACCAGCCCAAUUAUUUCCAAAUGGCGAGAACAAUUAUUAGUGUAUGUAACAACGGCCAAUGUAAUAAAAACGGUCACUGUAAUAACUUUAUCCUCUUUAAUGUAUUAACUGCCGAUUGGUGCAAUAAUCUUGGAACGGUUAACGUAAUAACUUUUGCCAGUUCAUGUAGUAACAUACUGCAUUAAAUGGGGGUUUUUUUUUUUUUUUUUUUUUUUUUUUUUU